ACUUGAACCUCAGAUCGAUUGAGCGCCUGGGUCAUGGUCUGGUGGUGUCUCGUAUUUGUCUUCCAAGCAGUUUGACAUGAGCUGAAGCCGACCUGAACAGCUGAUCCGUCAGGAGAUGCUGGCCGAUCUCUGUUGUCCUGCGCUCUAGACUUUUUGGGAGUCAUCAGCUGCAUGUCUCGCCAAGAGCUUUGCGCUUGUGACGCAACGGCUGCGAAUGCGAGGGCGAUCCUAUAAGAUCCACAUGAUGCAUUGGUGUCCCUUGCUUUCUUCUUGCUCUUCCCCUCCUAAAGGCCACCGCUACACCCGUCCCUGCAAACGGUCUGACCAGAUCGAUCGCCCAGCAUGGUUCGGCGAAUCUCAACUUCACUGCUGCUGCUGUCAGCAGCGACAGCUUCGAUGGCCGCUCCCUUUGCGACCCAGAGCGAAGCUAUCUUGGCACUGCGAGCGGGAAGGACGAGGCCCUCGACCAACGAUUCUGACAUUAAUCCUGGGUGGGACUACAGAGCCACCCUCGACCUCGCGAUGAAUCGCUCCACGCACUCUUGGGAAUUCGGUACGUGCAUGCAAGCCAUCUUAGAGGUCUACAAUCCAGAGCUUAGCGUCUACAGCCCAAAGGCUUUCCCAAACGGACGCAUUCCCAAGGUGGACGCCAGCAAGAUUCAGGCGCUCACGUACCUUCGGCCGCACAUUCAACUUGACAACGACACGCUGGUCGAGGGCGAUGGCGCUGCGGGAGAUCCUGCCAGCUUGGGUGUGGGAGCCAUUAUGAUCGGGCAGACCGUGCGGGAGUACUCGGCCGCUGCGACUCGCCAAGCCAACCAUCUGCUGAACGUUGUUCCGCGCUACUACAACGGUGCUAUCAGUCAGCGCGAAGCCAUCGCUGAACUUUGGGCCGACCAGCUGAGCAUGACGCACCCCUUCUUGGCCUAUCAGGCGGUUGCUACAAACAACUUGACGUUGCUGCGCUACGUCGCACUGGAUAUCGAGCGCCAACAUCAAAUUCUUGUCGGCAACAUGACUGAGCGCGGCGUAGGACUUUGGACCCACAUCGUCGGCCCUCAAAGCCAGACUUUGGGCAUCUGGUCGACUGGCAAUGGUUGGGUAGCGCUAGGAAUCGCCCGUGUGCUAGCAACAAUGAAGCACUGGAACAAGAGUCGCUAUAUCACCCUGUCUGAGCAACAGCGUCUGCGAAAGAUCGUCUACAGCCUUCUGGGUGGUCUCGAAACUGCAGAAGUCGACACCAAUGGUCUUUAUCGGAACUACUUGAUCGGCGGAGCUGACGGCUUCGACAUCGUCGAACCACCCUGGUUCGGCGAGGUCUCCGGGACCGCGGCGCUCGCCUCGGCCGCAUACAGACUAGCUGUGCUUGACUCCGACGUCAAUCCUCGAUCACGCACGCAGAAGCUCAUUGGUCUUGCCGAUCGAGCUCGCUCCGCUCUCAGCGAUGCCAUCGAUUCACAAACCGCCAUUGCUGCCCCAGCGAUCGAUCCCCUUGACUGGCACAGCCGCGUGCCUUACAUCACUGGGUCUCCAGAAGGUCAAUCCUUCGUCUCCAACCUUGGCGCCGCUUACCGAGACUGCGUCUUGGCCAAGCUCUGCAAAUGAGCAGUCUGCUUUCAACGACGAUGUCUUCUCUUCUCAACAUGCAAGAUGGCGGUCCAUCUCCCUACGUCACCCUCUGUACUCUCUCUCUGCUCCGCUUCGAUUACAAGACGCCAUCUGUGUAUCCAUCCAUCGCGCAUCUUGGCAGCGAUACGAUUCCACUAUUGCUCGCGU